UGACAUUUAAAAGCUUUCAAAGACAGAGAUGUUGAACACUUUCGUCUGGAUAAAGUUAUUGUUUUUGGAAGAAAAAAAAAAUAAGUUACUGUUUUCAACAAGCAACUGUUUUACAAAUAGAAGAAACAAAGAAACAGAUUUUUAAAGAAUAUGAAAUGGUGAAGAUGUCCUCAAGAACUUGAAGACAAAUCAACUUGUUGACAGCCAGACAAGUGUUGAACUUGUUAGCUGAAGUUAACAAUGUGAAUACAGAUCGCUUUGCAAUUUAAUGGACCGCAAGGGAACGUCUGUUACCAAUAGCUGAUAUUGUUCCUACAUUUUGGACGCUGAAGACCGUGGUAUUACUGGUACUUUAGCUAGUUAGGUAGUUAACUAACUCGACAGCUGUGAACUGUGCACAGAGCUUUCUGUCUGAGUUUUAAUAAGAGAGGCAUUAUUUUCCUCAGUAGUUAUGUUUCCGUUAGAUUCGACGUGGAACAUUUCAUUUGCAGGUUGCGGUUUCUUAGGCAUCUAUCAUAUCGGUGUAGCGAGUUGUCUACAGGAACAGUGUCCGUUUCUAGUGCAUAAUGCCCGGCACAUCUACGGGGCAUCAGCUGGGGCGCUCACCGCCUCGGCGCUGGUCAGCGGAGCUUGUUUAGGUGAGGCAGGUGCCAACAUCAUUGAUGUGGCCAAGGAUGCCCGGAAGCGUUUCCUGGGGCCUAUGCACCCAUCCUUCAACCUGGUGAAGAUCAUGCGUAACAUGCUGUAUAGAACCCUGCCACCCAAUGCCCACCACAGUGCCACAGGGAGACUCGGCAUAUCACUGACCAGGGUGACCGACGGAGAGAAUGUCUUGGUGUCCCACUUCAACAGCAAGGAGGAGCUGGUGCAGGCGUGUGUCUGCAGUGCUUACAUCCCUGUGUACUGUGGACUGAUCCCCCCUACACUGCAGGGUGUGCGUUACGUGGACGGUGGUAUCAGUGAUAAUCUGCCUCAGUAUGAGCUGAAGAACACCAUCACUGUGUCUCCGUUCUCUGGAGAGAGCGACAUCUGUCCUAGAGACAGAUCCACCAACAUGCAUGAACUACGAUUCACCAACACCUCUAUCCAGUUUACACUCACCAACCUGUACAGAGUGUCCAGAGCUCUGUUCCCCCCUGAUCCACAGGUUAUGAAGGCCAUGUGUAAACAGGGGUACAAAGAUGCUCUUCACUUUCUAAAGAAGAACGGACUGUUGAAUCACCAAGGACCCCACAGACCUCUAAUAGCCGAUGGUGAGGAAGAUGACAUCAUCGAGGAUGAUGAUGAUGAAGAACACGAGGAGCGUCUUGUACAGAACGAGAUCAGACCCAUUGAGAAAGAGUCAGCGGUGGCCCCCUCCGAGUCCAAAUCCAACAGCGAGGAUCAUAUCUUUGAUCACCUGCCACCCAGACUACACAAAGCUCUGGUGGAAGCCUGCAAGGAGAGAUACAGUCUGGGCCAGUCGCUAAGCAACCUGCUGCCAGUCAGGAUGGCGACGGCUAUGAUGCUUCCAUACACCCUUCCCCUGGAGUCUGCUCUGUCUAUGACUGUUAGACUGUUAGAGUGGCUGCCUGAUGUUCAGGAGGAUGUGGGAUGGAUCAGGGAGCAGGUCGUUAAGGUGUUGCAGUGUGCUGUGAGCCGGGCCACCAAGACUGUCUCCAACCACGUCUCUGCAAACUGUUACUACCAGUUGGAGCUGCGUCACUGCCAGUCCCUGCCUGCCCAACUCAACCCUGCCAGACUGCUCCCUAGCUGGGUGAGGGGAGGCAGCUCCUCUGUCCUGGAUGUUAUCAGUCGUCUGGACCAGUACCAGAGGCAGCUGCUGCCGGGCUCCUUCUGUGUCAACCUGGACCUCCAGGGCGCCUUAUACACCAGCGGGACCCCAGGCCCAGGAAGAUACCCCAAAGCUGGGGAAGGAAGUCCAGGACCAGCCCUGGACCCUAUGGCCUCCAUCAUAGACCCAGAUGAGGUAGAGGGGAUGGGCCUGAUGAUGAGGAGGCUCAAUGAAAACCACAACUCUACUCCAGCCUCGCUCUAAUAUUAUAAUGUAUCCCUAAAGAAAAGGACUAGGGUGGACUGUAAAUUAAGGCGUGUCCAGAGGGUAAAUUAGGGCGUGUUGAGAGGAUACACUGAGCCAAACCCACGUUCAGUAGACUGAACCAAACCCACGUUCAGUACACUGAACCAAACCCACGUUCAGUACACUGAGCCAAACCCACGUUCAGUACACUGAACCAAACCCACGUUCAGUACACUGAGCCAAACCCACGUUCAGUACACUGAACCAAACCCACGUUCAGUACACUGAACCAAACCCACGUCAGUACACUGAGCCAAACCCACGUUCAGUACACUGAGCCAAACCCACGUUCAGUACACUGAACCAAACCCACGUCAGUACACUGAGCCAAACCCACGUUCAGUACACUGAACCAAACCCACGUUCAGUACACUGAACCAAACCCACGUUCAGUACACCGAACCAAACCCACGUUCAGUACACUGAACCAAACCCACGUUCAGUACACUGAGCCAAACCCACGUUCAGUACACUGAACCAAACCCACGUCAGUACACUGAACCAAACCCACAUUGAGUACACUGAACCAAACCCACGUCAGUAGACUGAACCAAACCCACGUCAGUAGACUGAGCCAAACCCACGUCAGUAGACUGAGCCAAACCCACGUCAGUAGACUGAACCAAACCCACGUCAGUAGACUGAACCAAACCCACGUUCAGUACACUGAACCAAACCCACGUUCAGUACACUGAACCAAACCCACGUCAGUACACUGAACCAAACCCACGUCAGUACACUGAACCAAACCCACGUCAGUAGACUGAGCCAAACCCACGUCAGUAGACUGAACCAAACCCACGUCAGUAGACUGAACCAAACCCACGUCAGUAGACUGAGUGCAUAUAUUUAAUUGUAUGUGGCCCCAGCGGGAAUCAAACUCAUGAUGACACUGGCGUCGCUGACGCCACACUGUUACUAUUAUUAUCUGUAUUAUCUUAAAACUACACUGUUGGUUAGAAGGCCUUGUCAGUAAGCAUUUUCACUGUAAGCUUCUACACCUGUUGUAUUAGGCGCAUGUGACAAAUACAAUUAGAUUUGAUUUAUCGACUGAGCCACACAGGAUCUCCAGGAGCUGUUAAGGUAGCUGUUAAGGUAGCUGUUACGGUAGCUGUUACGGUAGCUGUUAAGGUAGCUGUUAAGGUAGCUGUUAAGGUAGCUGUUAAGGUAGCUGUUAAGGUAGCUGUUAAGGUAGCUGUUGGUAGCUGUUAAGGUAGCUGUUAAGGUAGCUGUUAAGGUAGCUGUUAAGGUAGCUGUUAAGGUAGCUGUUGGUAGCUGUUAAGGUAGCUGUUGGUAGCUGUUAAGGUAGCUGUUAAGGUAGCUGUUGGUAGCUGUUAAGGUAGCUGUUAAGGUAGCUGUUAAGGUAGCUGUUAAGGUAGCUGUUAAGGUAGCUGUUAAGGUAGCUGUUGGUAGCUGUUAAGGUAGCUGUUAAGGUAGCUGUUAAGGUAGCUGUUAAGGUAGCUGUUAAGGUAGCUGUUAAGGUAGCUGUUAAGGUAGCUGUUAAGGUAGCUGUUAAGGUAGCUGUUGGUAGCUGUUAAGGUAGCUGUUAAGGUAGCUGUUGGUAGCUGUUAAGGUAGCUGUUAAGGUAGCUGUUAAGGUAGCUGUUAAGGUAGCUGUUAAGGUAGCUGUUGGUAGCUGUUAAGGUAGCUGUUAAGGUAGCUGUUAAGGUAGCUGUUAAGGUAGCUGUUACGGUAGCUGUUGGUAGCUGUUACGGUAGCUGUUACGGUAGCUGUUAAGGUAGCUGUUAAGGUAGCUGUUACGGUAGCUGUUAAGGUAGCAGUUACGGUAGCUGUUACGGUAGCUGUUGGUAGCUGUUAAGGUAGUUGUUAAGGUAGUUGUUAAGGUAGUUGUUAAGGUAGCUGUUGGUAGCUGUUAAGGUAGCUGUUAAGGUAGCUGUUAAGGUAGCUGUUAAGGUAGUUGUUAAGGUAGCUGUUAAGGUAGCUGUUAAGGUAGCUGUUACGGUAGCUGUUGGUAGCUGUUACGGUAGCUGUUACGGUAGCUGUUACGGUAGCUGUUAAGGUAGCUGUUAAGGUAGCUGUUACGGUAGAUGUUAAGGUAGCUGUUGGUAGCUGUUAAGGUAGUUGUUAAGGUAGUUGUUAAGGUAGUUGUUAAGGUAGCUGUUGGUAGCUGUUAAGGUAGCUGUUAAGGUAGAUGUUAAGGUAGCUGUUAAGGUAGCUGUUAAGGUAGCUGUUGGUAGCUGUUAAGGUAGCUGUUAAGGUAGUUGUUAAGGUAGCUGUUAAGGUAGCUGUUAAGGUAGCUGUUAAGGUAGCUGUUACGGUAGCUGUUGGUAGCUGUUACGGUAGCUGUUACGGUAGCUGUUAAGGUAGCUGUUAAGGUAGCUGUUACGGUAGAUGUUAAGGUAGCUGUUGGUAGCUGUUAAGGUAGUUGUUAAGGUAGUUGUUAAGGUAGUUGUUAAGGUAGCUGUUGGUAGCUGUUAAGGUAGCUGUUAAGGUAGCUGUUAAGGUAGCUGUUAAGGUAGCUGUUAAGGUAGCUGUUAAGGUAGAUGUUAAGGUAGUUGUUAAGGUAGCUGUUAAGGUAGAUGUUAAGGUAGUUGUUAAGGUAGCUGUUAAGGUAGCUGUUAAGGUAGCUGUUAAGGUAGUUGUUAAGGUAGCUGUUAAGGUAGCUGUUAAGGUAGCUGUUAAGGUAGCUGUUAAGGUAGCUGUUAAGGUAGUUGUUAAGGUAGCUGUUAAGGUAGCUGUUAAGGUAGCUGUUAAGGUAGCUGUUAAGGCCCUAGUGGGAUGUAUAUUAGGAUCACAGACUGUUGAUGCCUAGGAACCUACAGGGACCUUCAACAACCUUGCACCGAUCUGCAGAAUCUCAUCUGUACACACAGCACCUUAGAAUGACAUUUUACUUAUUUUCAUUGAGUUGUUAUCCGUCCUCAGACUCUGAUAACAAGCCCGUCAGCUCAUCGCUACACAGUGCCUCACAGAACUUUGACAUACAGUACCAGUCAAAAGUUUGGACACACCUACUCAUUCAAGGGUUUUUCUUUAUUUUUACUAUUUUCUACAUUGUAGAAUAAUAGUGAAGACAUCAAAACUAUUAAAUAACACAUAUGGAAUCAUGUAGUAACCAAAAAAGUGUUAAACAAAUAUUUUUAUUCAUCCCUUAAAAUUACUCCCUUUUUCUUGUAGUGUUUGUUCUCAUCUCUUUUUUUUUACACGUGCCUGAUAAGUACUUACUUCGAUCAUUAGGAUGUCCAGCCCUAAAUGGACAUCUACUUCUCUUUUAAUGAUGUGACAUAAUGACAUCACCGAGGCCCCUGUUGCUUCACUAGGAGCUAAAUGGAACGGCUGUGUUCCAAACGGUACACUAUUCCCUACAUAGUGCGCUACGAAAUAAGUGGACUUAAUAGGGAAUAGGCUGUCAUUUGAGUGGCAUACAACAGACUCUAUUUUUAACAGACCUAACGCAAUUGUAAAUCUUAGCGCUGGCAGUAUCGCUAUAGGUUCAGGGGGAGGAUGUGUCAGAAUUAUUUUUAUUUUUUAUUUUUUUCACAACUGGAAUUAUGGUCACAGUAGCUGGCUGUGUUGUGAAAUUAAUAAACACGUUGUGGGUGUGUGUUGAGGCUUGAUCCCUCACUGGCCAAUCAGAACGUGCUCCAUGGCUAAAUAAUGUGGUUGCUUCAAGUUGUGUAUUUUACCGUUUUUUAUUGGAGUGUUAGUCCGUUAUAGCAUAGUUUGUUAAAUAGCCUACAGAAACAAAAUAACCAAAAAUGUAUUUAGGCCUAUCCCAUCUUGGCUAAAUAUGUUGAACAUGUUUGCAGUCCACAUUGUAAGAAGCCAAAUUGCAAUAUGGCUUCAAUAUGGAAAUACUGUAUAUUGUUAAACAUAGCAUUCACACUGAUAUGGGUGCUAGGCUACAAAUGGCCAUUAUGUCUGCCAUGUCUGAGCCGUGGACAUGCCAAACGUUGUCAAUAAGCAAUAUUAAAUUCACUUUUGAUUCACUUAAAAAGAGAGGGAAUAAUUUGAAUCAAAUUCUAAUCAUAACCAAACCACUUGUUUUUAAGUCUUUCUCUAAAUACAGUCACAGGCACCAUAAUUGCUCCCCGUAGGCGUAUAAUAUUAAGCCAACGCAGACGGUGGAGGUUUUUACAUACGUCCAAACAUUUUACACAAGCUGGAUGAAGAUCCAAUAUAAAGAGAAUGUCCACUUGUCACAACGUCCACAGGUGGCGCCUCUCCCCGUUCGGGCGGCGCUCGGCGCUCGGCGUCGCCGGCCUACUAGCUGCCACCGAUUUCCUUUUCUGUUUCGUUUGGUAAUGUCUGGUUAGGGUAGCACCUGUUUUGUGUUUAGUAAUUAGUGGGGUAUUUAGUCUGUCUGUUUUGUGUUUGGGGUUGUGCGGGAUUUCAUUUCUGGUCCUUUUAUAUUUAGCGUUUUGGCUUUAGGGUUGCUGAGCUGAGUCCCGAUAUAUUCCCAAGACUGUGUUAGUCUUCCUUUGUUGGAAUAUUUUUUCCCUUGCCUUGUAGGCUUUUGGACUUGUUUUUUCUUCAUUAAAGUAACUACGUGUUUCACGUA